AUGCUACCUACUCCAUCGACAUCCCACGUCUGUUUCGACCGCGUGUACGAACCGGCCGAAGAUUCCUAUCUGUUACUUGACACGCUUUCUUCGGCUUCUGAAACUGCAUAUCUACAAGAUCGCUUUGGAGAUGCGUCGUCAAUCCCACCAUUGGUCCUCGAAGUGGGCGUAGGAUCAGGCGUCGUGUUGGCUUUUGUUGCUGCAAAUGCCGACACCAUAUUUGGCCGACACGACGUACUGGCGCUUGGGGUGGAUAUCAAUAGCUUCGCCUGUAAAGCUGCUGCUCAAACGGUAUGGGGUGCAAUUGAAGAGCGUGAAAAAAGCCGUUCCGUUUUUGUGGAUAUCGUAAACGGCGACUUAGCGAGUGCGAUUCGACCACACUCUGUCGACGUCUUUAUUUUCAACCCGCCGUAUGUACCCGCAGAGUUGCCAGACCCAUCAAAUCACAAAAAGUACAACGUAAUUCCGGAAGGAAAGGAUACGACGUCUUUCGAGCAAGACUCGUAUCUCCUAGAGUUGUCGUACGCUGGAGGUGAAGAUGGCAUGGUAGUGACGAACAGGAUGCUGGACCAGAUAUCGGAUAUACUAAGCAAGGAUCGAGGAGUCGCAUAUGUACUACUAUGUGCACAGAACAAGCCCGAGUUGGUCAAGCAGCAGAUAAGAGAAUGGGGUCCAGGUUGGAUGGCUGAGACAGUAGGGUCCAGUGGCAAGAAAGCUGGCUGGGAGAAGUUGGUAAUUGUAAGGAUAUGGAGAGAAGCGGAAUAAGGUACAGGUUGUAGGCUAUAUGGUAGCGAUAGGAUAGAGGCAUAUUAUUUGGCUGUAUAAAUGGUGCUGAUGGAUAGAAGUGACAGAGUUAUAGGAUCGAAACGUC